AAACAGUGUCUGGCUGAAUGUCCCCAUGCUGCCUGCAGACACACAGGAACAGAGCGUCGGCACGUUAGUGGUGUAAUCAGCUUUAACGUUCUGUUAUUUCACUCAGAGUUUCGUCACGUUUCCUGCUGCUGGUCUCUGGUGCACCAGAGGGGCUGGUCAGCUGGUGGUGAAUGAUUAACUAACAGGGUUAAGGGCCGAGGCAGAAGUGAGAGAGAGAACUAAGAGAGAGAGAGAGAGGUGUGUUUCACUUUCAGCCUGCAGCUCAGACUCAGUCGCCUCGGCUGCUGGAUGUGACUGGAUGUGACUGGAUGUGACAUGGAGCUGCUGCCCUCCCUGCUGUCCUCCCUGAGGACUGUGGACCUUGGGACUCUGGACCAGGAGUACGGCGUGGUGCGUUCACAGACCUUGGUGAUAAAAAAAGACCCCAGUUUGACGUCUGAGGCCGGAGCUCUGAAGGAAAACCUCAAGAAGAACAGAUACAAAGACAUCUUGCCAUACGACCAGUCUCGGGUGGUGCUGUCUCUCCGGACCUCAGACUCUGACUCUGACUACAUCAACGCCAGCUUCAUCAAGGGGGCCUCAGCAGACUGCAGGUACAUCGCCUCUCAGGGCCCCGUCCCCUCCACGCUCACCGACUUCUGGAGGAUGAUCUGGCAGCACGACAUCAAGGUGAUAGUCAUGGCCUGCAGAGAAAUAGAGAUGGGAAAGAGGAAGUGUGAGUGUUACUGGGCUGCAGCUGCUCAGUCUGCCGCGUUUGGACCCUUCACUGUCUGCAACGGGGAGACGCGUCCUAAUGAAGACCUGGUGGUCCGAGAGCUGACUGUCACACACAAGCAGGAGCACCGCUCACUGACUCAGUUCCAGUUCCUGUCCUGGCCGGAUCACGAUGUUCCCCACGAGCCUGCUGGAGUCCUGGACCUGCUGGAGAGAGCCAGAACCAGGCAGGGGACACACACCUCCCCUCUGCUGAUACACUGCAGUGCGGGCUGUGGGAGGACCGGAGUCAUCUGUGCUCUCGACUACAUCCAUGACCUGCUCGUUACCAAGCAGAUCACAGCAGACUUCAGCAUCAUGAGCAUCGUCCUGCAGCUCCGGAGGCAGAGGCCCUCUGCAGUCCAGACCAAGGAUCAGUAUCAGUUCAUCUUCACGGCUGCCGUCUGCAUGUUGGAGCGAGUCCUGCAGUCGGCCGGCUGUGAGCCCUACAGCAACCUGCCCGAGCUGAAGAAACCAGAGAAGAACAGCACACCUGCUUCCUCCACCAGACUGUUAUUGCCGACUGCCAUGAGUGAUACAUAUGCUGUGGUCAACAAGCCCAAACACCCCCACCCGCCUUCAGCAAGCCCCACCUACUCAGUUGUAGCCAAGCCCAGAUACUGCAGCGGGAGCAGGUCGCUGCCCCCGGACCACCACUAUGAUAACGACCCUGCAGGAGCAUCAGCGGCGCCGGUCUACAGCACCGUCCGACCCCGAGUUAAACCUCUCAGCAUGCACCUCUCUGCCACGCCCACCUACGACAUAGCAACACCAGCCAAUCCCAGGCUGGGGGAGGGACCGGCAUCACUAGGCAGCAGCGGAGAAUAUCACCUGAUGCCAGCUGAACCUCCUUCACAAUCAGACGACGAUUACGAAGACCUCGCCUCUCCGGCCUCAGACAUGACCGGCCCGUGUUCACCUGGUGGCAUCGGGUUUAACUGUCGUAUUCAGAAGCCCAGAGGACCCAGAGAUCCUCCAGCGGAGUGGAGCCGGCUGGAGAGGUGAAGCACGGGAACCCGGUUCAACUGGACUGUUGGAGUGGAUCAAAGUUAACAGGAAGGGAUUUGCUGUUUGUCUCCUGCUGUGAUCUGUAGAUAUUUAUGGACAGCAGGUCUCCGUGCUAAACGUCUGCACUCCAACGUUUCUGUUUUCUAAAUGAUUGUGUUCUGACUUUUUUAAUAUAAUUCUUCAGAUAUGUGUGUGAAAAUUCCAGAUUUAACAGGAACUGGUGGCUGAAUUCUGCCGUCAGGUCCGGCUUCCACCUCAGAACCAGCUCCAGACUUUAGCACUCAGUCUUUCAGGCUGGCGAUUGCAGCUGUAACUGGAGGAAGACUGGUCUGAAGACCCACUUCUACUCUCUGGCUUUUACUUUUCUUUAACCUGUUUUAAUUUGUAUCAGGUUCCUUGGGUUUUGUAUUUUAAGGGUCCCACAUUAUGCAGAAUGCACUCUUUCAUGUCUUGGUAAGACAUGAAAAGAUAAAGCUAUCUGUCCAUCAGGAAACUUAGUAAAU